AUGGCUAGCAAUGGAAAGCUUGAUGUAGAAAUUGAAGUAAAGUCUAAUGCAGAUAAGUUCUGGAGUAUUAUUAAAGAGUCUGCAGCUAUAUUCCCUAAGGCUUUCCCAAAUGACUACAAAAGCAUUGAGAUUCUUCAAGGUGAUGGAAAGAGUGUUGGUUCUGUCCGUUUAAUAACUUUUGGUGAAGGGUCACCACUUGUGAAGAUAAUAAAAGAGAAGAUUGAUGUUGUUGAGGAUUCAGAGAGGACACUAACCUAUAGUGUUAUUGAUGGGGACAUUCUCAAGUACUUCAAGAAAUUUAAGGGAGACAUUAGUGUAACUCCUAAGGGUGAUGGAAGCUUGGUGAAAUGGUCCAUUGAGUAUGAAAAAAAUAGCGAAGAGGUUCCUGAACCAGAGAUCAUUAAAGAAUUUGCUCUUAAGACCUUUCUUAAGGUUGAUGAUUAUAUUCUAAAUGCAUAA